UCGGGGACAGGACGAAGGAGACGCAUGUUUAUUUUGUUGGAUUUUUAGUAAAGUAAAGCUCAGUCCGAUCAGUUCAUGCUCCCGUCAAAAAAAAAGAUUUAUCCUUUCCGAAGUUUUAUCAGUUAAAAAAUCAUAUUUGCGGGUCUUUAAAAACCGAUGAUGAUUUUAAAUCCCAGCGAAGAAGUUGCGACUCUUUUAUUCUGAUGACCGGAAGCUGUCAUCGCAGAGCCUUCCAGGCAGCGAUUGACAGGUGGGCUCUGGCUGUCAGGGUGACGCUCGUGAAGGGGUGGAGUAAAGGAGAACCCGGAGAGGCAGCUGGAUGUGUCUGUCUAUCAGUGGGAGCUGUCUGAAAGAGCCGUGCAUCACCGUCCUGCGCACAUUUCAGCACGGAGAAGCCCCGCGCUUGUUCCCGAUCAACAGCAACAAAGAGCCAGGCGAGAUGAUGCCCUGGUGACUUUUGAGGAAUUCGUCAAGUGUCCGCGCUGACACGCCGAACGUGAGUAGCCAUUCGAACAAACCCGGUUUGUUUCCCAGACCAUCCGCUUUUUUUUAGCGGUUUCAAAUCGGACUGGCCGUCGCACCGGUUCAGUAGUCACUUUUUUUUCCUCUCUUUUUUUUGUCACCUCGCAAGACUGUGGCGGAGGUUACGACCCGGGCACAAUCCGGACACAGCGAGUCCGUGAAUACGAGUCAGCGCUGCUCAAAUCCACAUGAUUGACGUCUCAGGCUGCUAGUGGACAGUUUCCGUUCAGUGAAGCCGAUGAACACGACUGUUUGUGUGGUUCCCGGGGCGCUCACGGACGGCGGCGGACGCCGGCGAUGAGUUUGUGGUGUCCGGCGGAAGUUAUCAGCGAAGCGCCGAGGGAUCGCUCCGAAUAUGCUCGCGUAGACUAAACUACCAGAAAAUACGGACUUGCUUAAAGCUUCGAAGGAGCAACACUUCCUGCCGAAGACGCGAGGAAACGCUACGGGCUCUGAUUUCCUCCCCCCAGCUCGUCCGCUGCGUUGAUCUCUGCAUGAAAACUCCAGCGGGAAGUCCUGCAGCAGCAUGCCGAGGAGGAAGCAGCAAGCGCCGCGGCGUUCAUCAGCUUACGGGCCUGAGGAUGAGUUUGGUGUCGAAAAGGCUGAAGAAGAAGAGCAUCUGCUUGACGACGGCCUUUCGCUAGAUGGUCAAGAUGCAGACUAUCUGUUCAAUGAUGAAGAGGACGGCAGAGACAGUUACAGCUGCCAAAACUCUCCUCACAGCACAGGCACUAACCAAGAUGCGGGCUAUGCCUCACCACUCAGUACCACCAGUGACCAGCUGGUGGAUCUCAAGUCCACUUCCCUGUUCAGCGACGGUCGUGAAAAGGUUGAAGAGAAGCUGACGGAGAGCACCGAGUCCAUCAAUAGCCUCUCUCUACAGGACAGUUUGGAAAAAAUGAAAGCUGUCUAUGCAAAUCUUAUUUCAGAUGCUUCCUGGUCGAGCAUUGCUCUUGACAUGCUGAAAGAUAAACAAGGGAGCAAUGUUGGAUCUGGCAACAACAGUGGGAGCAGUCACAAAGGGAGCAAUGGGAUCCUAAACAAUCAAAGCCAGAGUAACGUUUCAUUGAAAACCAAGUGUAGCACCAGCAAUGCCUCCGCUACCACUGAUAUAAGUACCAGCAGUACCACCACUCGAUCGGUAGCAAGCAACAGCAACAGUGGCACCGUGGUACAUUCUGGCAACAAUGGAGGAUUGGCCUACGACUGGCACCAGGCAGCUUUGGCCAAAACUUUACAGCACACACCUUAUCAACUGCUUCCGGAACCAAGUCUUUUCAGCACCGUGCAACUGUACAGGCAAAACAACAAGCUAUACGGACCUGUUUUUACAGGGGCUAGUAAGUUCCGGUGCAAGGACUGCAGUGCAGCUUAUGACACUUUGGUCGGUCUGACGGUGCAUAUGAAUGAAACAGGCCACUACCGCGAUGACAACAAAGACACUGACGAGGACAGAGGCAAGAAGUGGUCCAAGCCACGCAAGCGUUCUUUGCUGGAAAUGGAAGGGAAGGAAGAUGCCCAGAAAGUUCUAAAAUGUAUGUAUUGUGGUCAUUCGUUUGAAUCCCUGCAGGACCUCAGUGUCCACAUGAUUAAAACGAAACACUAUCAAAAAGUGCCUCUAAAAGAACCCAUGCCAGCUCUCGCUUCAAAACUUGUCCCUCCUGCCAAAAAAAGAGCUUUUCCAGAGAUAAUAUCUCCAAGUUCCCCUGAGUCUGUGUCAUCUGGCAUUCUCCUUGGAGAGACCCCGAAAGACCAAAAAGUGGCCAAUCCCUAUGUCACUCCAAACAAUAGAUAUGGCUACCAAAAUGGCGCCAGUUAUACCUGGCAGUUUGAGGCACGCAAGGCGCAAAUUCUGAAAUGCAUGGAAUGUGGCAGUUCACAUGACACCCUCCAACAGCUGACCGCACACAUGAUGGUGACUGGGCACUUUCUGAAAGUGACCAAUUCUGCCUCCAAAAAAGGCAAGCAGCUGGUCUUUGAUCCUGUGGUUGAGGAGAAGAUACAAUCGAUUCCUCUCCCUCCAACUACCACAAGACUUCCUGCACCCAGUGAGAGGUCACAGCCUGAUUCCCCAAUGCUGCCUCUGAGCCCUGAAGAGAAAAAUGAAGAAAAAGAUAUUGAGUCAGAGGAUGAGAAUAUGAAGGAAAUACCUCCAGAGAAGAAAAUUAAAGAGGAGGUGGAAGACCCUCCUGAGAAGUCUGAGAAAUCCGGAAAGACUAGAUCCUACCAAUAUCUUACUGAGGAAGACCUAGACGAAUCCCCUAAAGGUGGUCUGGAUAUCCUGAAGUCAUUGGAAAACACGGUCUCUAGUGCAAUCAGCAAGGCCCAGACUGGUGCACCGACCUGGGGUGGAUACCCCAGCAUUCAUGCUGCAUAUCAGCUCCAUGGUUCUCUGAAGCCCAGUCUGCCGUCAUACUCACAUGUGCAGCCAUUGCACAGCAACAACACCUCAAAAAGUACCUACGAUGUGGGAUCCCUGCUUCAUUCGCCAAAAAGUCCGUCCACCCCUGUAUGUCACAAGAACAAUGUUCUUGCCAUGGAGAAGCUCGUAGAAAAGGUUGCAGGAAAUAAUUCCAUUAAAAACGAAAAGGAGGAGAAAAACUCAGAUACUGUUUUAAGAUCAGUAAAUACCCCUUUGUCGAGUCUCAAAGACAAAACAACUUCACUUCCAAAGGUUGUUAAAUCCUCGGCCACAGAGGAGCCCACUGAAGACAGGGACAUCAAAUUGGAGAAGGAGGUAAAGAGCGAAGCCGUUUCCCCGAAAAAGCCUGUUAGCAACGGCUGUAGUAACCUGAGCAUCAUCACUGACCAUGCACCAGAGCAACCACUCGUAAAUCCCCUCAGUGCUUUGCAGUCCAUCAUGAACAACCACUUGGGUAAGGCUUCAAAAGUGACCAGUCCUUAUGUGGACACCUUUGCGAAGGUGUACAAGGCGAGCGGCACCCCCACCAGUCAGGUUAAACAAACUGAACCAGUGAAUCCAUACCAUGCAGACGAUACUGAUGAUCAGCCAAUUGAUUUGACAAAGUCCAAAACGACCAAUGGUACAAGCAAGAUCCCUUGUACCCCCAAUGGCAACAGUGUAAACAGCGCUAAAGAUACCUCCAAAAAUCUCUCCAAUUCAACAUCUCCACCUCUUCGAGAGAAUGCCUUGAUGGACAUUUCCGCCAUGGUGAAGAACUUGACCGGCCGCUUGACACCAAAGUCUACGACACCUUCUUCCAUUUCAGAGAAAUCCGACGUCGACAGCUCGGCAUUCGAGGACAGCUUUGAGGAGCUGUCUCAGAUCCAAAGACGCAAAGGCCGACAGUCAAACUGGAACCCUCAGCACCUCCUGAUUCUCCAGGCACAGUUUGCCUCAAGUCUCAAGGAAACUCCAGAGGGAAAGUUUGUCAUUAAUGACCUUGGGACCCAGGAAAGGGUCCACAUCUGUAAAUUCACUGGUCUCUCUAUGACUACUAUCUCGCAUUGGCUGGCAAACGUCAAGUACCAGUUAAAGCGGACAGGUGGAACCAAGUUCCUCAAAAACAUUGACUCUGGCCAGCCUUUGUUCUUGUGCAGUGACUGUGCGUCCCAGUUCCGAUCUCCCUCGUCCUACAUUCACCACUUGGAGUCCCACCUCGGGUUCACCUUGAAAGACCUCACAAAGCUUUCCAUUGAACUUUUAGAGCAGCAAGCAGUGGGGCGAAUAGAAGACAAAACAUUCAGUUCGUCUUUGUUAACCGACGACGACAGCGGCUCCGUAUACCAGUGCAAACUGUGCAGCCGGACCUUUAUGAGUAAACACGCAAUCAAAUUGCAUCUUUGCAAAACACAUGGAAAGUCCCCGGAGGACCAUCUGAUCUUUGUGAAAGAGGUGGAAAAAUUUGAUAAAGAUUGAAGGCUGAGAUGAAGCAUGACUGAUUCCAAUUGCACUAAAGCCCCUAAUGGUGUCACAACUGUAUAAAAAGAUGUUUCAAAACAUAUUUUAAUGGGAAAAAAAAGGUAGCUUUAAUACCACAUGCUGUAAUUAUACUUAGUGUCAGGGACUUCAGAGAACCACAGCUACAGAGACCUUUGGUUUUAUUUGGUAAUAUAAAUGUUGGUGCUGCAACCAGAGCACUUUCUCACUGACUAAUUGUUUCUUUAUAAUGCACUGCAUCAUGUCUGAGCCUUUGUUUUGUUGUCCAUCUGUCGUUUGUAACUGGACCAAGCCGUUGUUUAGAGCACUGACUUUCAUUGAAGACGCGUAUCACCACGAUAUGCAUAUUAUUUCUGAUCAAGUUUUGCAUGUUUCUCUGUCAAACAAGGAGAAAACAAUCUGACAGAAGUUCAUUUUUCAAGCUAUAUAAAUGAAGGCCAACGCAAGCAUUGGAAGGAAGCUAGCACUUUAGGGAAGUGUAAAAAUAACUUCAGAUAAAACACAUUUUAAUGGCCCUGGUUUGUCGGGAGAUGAAUUGUAAUAUCGUUUUGUGUUUGUCCUUGAAUGAGAAAAUGACAUUGAACAUUUUUAGGAACUUUGUUUGCGUUGUAAAGUUUGAUUUGCUGGUUGUUCAAGAUGUACAGUAUUUGCAAACCAUUUUGUUAUCGUCAUCACGGUUGUGAAAUUAAUGAAACUUAUUGUAUAAAUAAUCUGCAAGUAUGUACACAUGUAUGUCUGCAUAUCUUGCUCUUUACAGAACAUUAAUUGUACUGUGUGCAUUUUUAUAAUGUUAUUUUCUACAAAUAAGGGGAAUAUAUAUAUAAAGCUACACAAUAAUGUUGGCAACGGUUUUUCAGUGGGUCUCCAUUAAUGUGGUUUACAUGAAAGAGGCUUUCCGGCGUCGUGUUUAGGCGCGUAUGCAUUAGACAUGAAUCUUCUCAAACAUUGAGGUUUUCAGGUUUCAUCACGAACGCCAAAAUUCACAGUGACGUCCUUUUAUCUUCAGUUGUAAAAUAAACUCCAUGUCCUGGAUAAAACUUCAAAGUUGGUUGAGUGACUUUUGUUGUUCCUUUCACACUAUGACACGACAAAAAGUGAAGAAAAAAAACACACAGUGAGCGAAUACCUCCGUUUCAAAUUACUAUGAUGAAAUACAGCUUUCAGUCAACGCAACACAACCUCCAUGAGUCAAAAUUCAACAAUUCUGUCUUCAUCGUGCGUGCACGCAUAGGUUUUUGUUGACUCUGGGCAAGAUAGUUCACGGGGCAUCAGACCCAGGCCAUUGCCUUGUUGGCAAA